AUGUAUGGAAAUCCUAUAAACCAUGUGUACAUUGCUGAUGGCUUCCUAGAUGAUUGUGAACAAUUGAUACAAAGAUGUUUACAAAGACAGAACAUAUUAGACUUCCAGUCAUUUUGCAUCGUUUGGCAGGAAAUGAAUAUGGGAUGUCUUUAUCAAGGCAGAACUUCAGGUGCAGAAGUAGCAGAGCUGACAGAAGAAGUCUUACAGAUAGCAAAACAUUAUAUGAUUGCAAAUACAAGCAACUAUGAAGAAUCUGUAGCCGGUCUAUUCUUAGUGUACAGCCUACUAAAUUUACAACCGUACCCCGGCUUCGCGGCCUUACGUUUAGUACCAGAAGAUGUAGCAGCCAUCAGUCGACUAGAAGCGGUUGCAAGAAGGGAACGGCGCCAUGAUGUGCUCUAUAUUCUUGCAUCGGUACUGAUCAAGGGGCCAUGUCAUUACCACGCCGCUGAAAGAGAAAGGGGUAUGGAAGCUCCUAUUAAGAAGUAUUUGGAUGGAUUUAAUAGCAUAGACAGUAUACGAGGUAUACGUCCUAAUGGCGUGUUCUAUAGGCAAAAUGAGGAAUUGGAUAUCAUCAGAGAGUUAGGAAAUCUUACCAAGCAAUACUCUGACGCAAAAGCCAGAAUCAUUGGUACCGGGCCCUCUGACAGAAGUCUCCGAUACAUUGAUGAGGAAUUGCCUACAGAAUUGAAUAAUUCUCUUAGAAACAUCAUUGGCGGGGUAGUUGAUGAAGCCAGUGAUGAUAGUGUUUCAGACGAAGAGGAGGUGCCAGAGCACAGAGAGGAUCACCACACUAUUGUCGAGGCCAUAAAGGCCAAAGCGAUGAGAAACACUGUCAACCCCAUGAAACAUCUCACUGGUAUUGAAGACAGAAAAAUACAAAUUCAAUGCAAAACACAACAAAACUCAAAUAAAAUUGAUAUUAAAUCAAAACCGGGCAAAGUUAAAACGAACAGCCCCACCAAACCACAAGCUUGCAAACCGCCAAACAAACGCGUAGCAUCGCCCAAAGGUAAUAAUACUAAAAAAUCUAAAUCAAACCCUGAAAAGGAGAGAGAGGUAGAGAGGAUUAUAAAAGAGGAAAAAGAUGACAAUAAAGAAGACGAUGUAAACAUGGAGGAAUACCGUGUAGAGAUAUUGCCAGAAGAGAAAGACGAAAUUAGUGACGGUAAUGAAGAGGAUUUGGAGCAGUCUGGAGAAGAGAAUGAAGUUGACAUAGAAAUUGGGUCUUUGCCAUCGUUUAUAAGGACAGAGGAUAAUGGUCAAGUUUUUGAGAUAGAAAUAAUCGACAAAUAUGGGAGAAGUCAUACAUCGCAAGAAGAAAACGUUGAUAGAGAUAUAGCUCUAUUAGCUAGCUUGCCGGAUAUUUCCAUGAGUAGCGAUGAUACUGUAGGGGAUGCUACGCUAUGUUCAGAUUCUGAAGAAAAUGAUGACGACUCAGACAACAAAGAUUUCAACAAUAUUUUGAACACGAAACAAUACCCACCACCUAAUAAAAACUUAAAAAAGACACAUUUGAAAUCAAAAUUUAAACGUUUAGGAAUGUUGCCAGUUGCAAAUUUCAAUGAAUGA